AGUCAGCAUCGGCGACUCGGGCUAGCUUAGCUUGUUAGCUGAGACCCCAAAACAAUCCUCUCCUGCUAAGCAGAGACCGAGUGUGAGUGUAAAGUGGGAUCGUGUGAAAAUGUGUCAAGUCCAAAUGCUGAGAGCGUUGGUGAAUCAGCGACUAACUGCGGCUGUUGAAGAAAUAUUUGUAGUGUUGGAAAGAACCAUAGCAGAGUACGAGGAGGAACUUUCUCGAACAAAAGAGGAGAACGAGCGACAACGUCAACUACUGGACGCCGUUUUCAGGAAGCAGGGCGGGGGACGACCCAAAGCAGAUGUCCAGCACAUUAAAGGUGAAGAAGAGGGAGAGCGUCUGGAAGGACCGGAGGAGUUCUCCGUGAUCGGCGUCCCUGUGAAGAGUGAAGAUGAUGAGGGCGAAGGUGAGGAGAAGAGAGAGGCGGAGCCUCCAAGCAGCAGCUCAACUCAACACAUGACAACAGAAGCCGAUGGAGACCACUGUGGAGGAUCACCAGCAGACAAGCUCUUAGCUCCACUAUCAGAUAGUGAGCACACGACGUCACACUCUCCUGACACUGAUGAUGAUGAUGAUGAAGACGCUCCAGCCGAUGUGACAUGUCGCCAUCAGUGCCCACAGUGUGACCAAAGCUUUAAUGACAGCAGUAACCUCAAAAGACACAUGAGAAGACACACCGGAGAGAAACCCUACAUCUGCUCCAUAUGUGGCAAAAGGUUCGCCCACAAGGGAAAUUUGACAACACACACAAGAACGCACACCGGAGAGAAACCAUAUUCCUGUUCUGUGUGCAACACACGUUUUAGUGACCAUUCCGUACUGAUUCGCCACAUGAGGAGACACACCGGAGAGAAACCUUUCACAUGCUCCGUGUGUGGCAAAGCUUUCCUUGUGAAGGGGUCUCUGACAUCACACGCGCGGACGCACACCGGAGAGAAACCCUUCAAAUGUCUGAUUUGCGGUAAGAACUUCUCUCAGAAGUCCCACUUGAGAACGCACACGAGAACCCACGCUGGGGAGAAACUCUACUCCUGCUCGGUGUGCAAGGCAUCUUUUGGACUCCAGGCUGCCUUGUUUUGGCAUAUGGCAACCCACAACUAACAUUUCCACCGUAUGGCAACCCACAACUAACAUUUCCACCGUAUGGCAACCCACAACUAACAUUUCCACCAUAUGGCAACCCACAAGGAACAUUUCCACCAUAUGGCAACCCACAACUAACAUUUCCACCAUAUGGCAACCCACAACUAACAU